GAGAGAGGGAAGGAGGGAGAGAGGAGCUAAACAGGUGGUCUGAAAACACACAGAAAACAAUGUCGUCCGGCGGGGAGAAGCGGAAAGACCUCCAGUCCUCGCGUCUGUGAAGGAAUACCGGCACAGCUGCGGAGCCGAAAUAACAAAAAACCCAUGCUCCUUUUUUAUUUUCACGCGGAUUCCUCCUCCUCCUCUUCUCGGUUUUACUCCGAAUCUGGGCAAGAUCUCGGAUACUAAACCAUGAAAGUCACGGUGUGUUUUGGCAGGACCCGGGUGGUGGUGCCGUGCGGGGAUGGAAAUAUUAAAGUCCACACACUGAUCCAGCAGGCUGUCAUGAGAUAUAAGAAGGCUAUCGCUAAGGAUGCCAGUUACUGGCUGCUGGUGCACCGGCUGGAGCACGGCGACGGCGGCAUCCUCGACCUGGACGAUGUUCUCUGCGACGUGGCCGACGACAAAGACCGGCUGAUAGCAGUGUAUGAGGAGCAGGAGCCCCACCACGGAGGAGAUGGCACCAGCGCCAGCUCCACAGGGACCCAGAGCCCCGACCUGUUUGCUGCAGACCUCAGUGCUGGCAGUGGAGCCUCGGCCUUCCAGCCCUACCAGGCUGCCAGUGAGAUCGAGGUCACGCCCUCGGCCCUGCGCACCAAUAUGCCCCUACACGUGCGGCGCAGCAGCGAUCCCGCCCUGCUGACCAUCAACGGGCCGUUCAGCAGCGGCGAGUCACGGGUCCAAACCGAAGAGCCGCCAUCGAGGAAGAACCCAACACGCUGGUCCACCACCGCCGGCUUCCUGAAAGUUCGCCACUCCUCUGGCACCAACAGCCUCGAGAGGAAGGAUAAAGCUAUGGACACGUACCGCAGUCUGCCGCGGGAUGCAGGGACAUGGGCCAAUCAGAGAGAGUUUCAGAGAGAGACGGCCCGCUCAUCGCUCAGUGCCAAUCACCCCAUGGUGGACCGCUGGCUGGAGAGACAGGAGCAGGAGGACGAGGCCAGAGAAGAAGAAAACGGCAGGAUCGAGCCGGUUGGCCGGGCCGACUCGUGCAUGGACCACAACCCUGUCAGGUCACUAGAAGACAUAGUCAAACUGGUGGAGGUGUCAAACGACGGUGGGCCCCUGGGAAUCCACGUGGUGCCUUUCAGUGGCAGGGACCGCAGGACUCUUGGCUUGUUGGUCAAGCGUCUGGAGAAGGGAGGCAAGGCCGAGCAACAGGGCCUCUUCCAGGAGAAUGACUGUAUCGUCUGUAUCAAUAACGGAGACCUGCGAAACAUCCGCUUUGAACAAGCCCAGAACAUGUUCCGCCAGGCCAUGCGCUCUCCUGUCAUCACGUUCCACGUGGUGCCGUCAUCGAUGAAGGCCAAGUACGAGCAGCUGUCCCACGCUGAGAGGAACCCGGCGUACGCCUCGGGCCGUUUCAGCCCCGACUCCCUGACUGGCAGCACCGUCUCCGGCGUGGACCACACCCCGCACAGGGUGUCCCGACACGGUUCCCAAACUCACCCGCACUCCCAUCUGCACCCUCAAUCCCACGCUCACCCAGAGCAGACGGAUGGCUACCCCCCUCUGGCUCACCCUGUGGUCUCUGCAGCCAAGCCGCCGACAGGCCACACGCCCUCGCCUCAGAGGGGGCUCAACGCCACGCCAACAGGAGGAUUUACCAAAAAAGUUGGGAGGAGGCUCAACAUCCAGCUAAAGAAAGGUCCCGAGGGACUCGGCUUCAGUAUAACGUCCCGGGACGUUCCCAUCGGCGGCUCGGCGCCCAUCUACGUCAAGAACAUUUUGCCUCGGGGAGCUGCCAUCCAAGAUGGCCGCCUCAAGGCGGGAGACAGAUUGCUGGAGGUGAACGGAGUGGACCUGAACGGGCGCACCCAGGAGGAGGUGGUGUCUCUGCUCAGGGCCACGCCCAUGGGAGGUACCGUGGGGCUGCUGGUUCUACGCCAGGAGGACACUUUCCUCCCCCGAGACGCGAAUGCUGAGCCCCAGAUGCAAAGCCCCAGAGAUGUGCAUCCAAGGCAGCCUGUGACAGCCGGGAAACCCCAUUGGCUGAUUGAGAAGAGCGAGGAGGACGAGUUAGUCCUGACUCCAGACGGGACCAGAGAGUUCCUGACCUUUGAGAUCCCCCUCAGCGACUCCGGUUCAGCUGGGUUGGGUGUCAGCGUUAAAGGCAAUCGCUCAAAGGAGAACCACGCUGACCUGGGCAUUUUCGUCAAAUCCAUCAUUAAUGGAGGGGCAGCCUGCAAGGACGGGCGGCUUCGAGUGAAUGACCAGUUGAUUGCUGUGAAUGGGGAGUCGCUAUUGGGCAAAACCAACCAGGACGCCAUGGAGACGCUACGCAAGUCCAUGUCAACGGAAGGCAACAAACGCGGGAUGAUCCAGCUCAUUGUGGCCAGACGAGUGGCCAAAAGAAAUGAGGGGAGCCCAGGGAGCCCGCUGGGGGGCAGCCAGCAGACCAUGAGCACCUCCCUGGAUGACCACGAGCGCCGGAUCUCCCACUCUUUGUACGGUGGCCUGGAGGGCCUUGAUGACAACUUGAUGCCACGACAGGGCAUGAUGCCACGCACAAUAGGAAACUAUCAGCUCUCGCCGACCGUCAACAUGCCGCAGGACGACACGGUGAUCAUAGAGGACGACGGGCCGCCGCUCCUCCCUCCCAACCUCUCCGACCAAUCAUCGUCCAGCUCCCACGACGAUGUGGGCUUUACUGCUGACAUGACGCCGCCCUGGGCCAAAGAGCUGCCCCCUCAGAAUGACAGCUCCCUGAAUCCAGAUGAAAAUAAUCCAGACGGCAACUUCCAAAGGGAAGGCUUUGGGCGCCAGAGCAUGUCGGAGAAACGCACCAAGCAGUUUGGAGACGCCUCUCAGCUGGAGAUCAUCAAGACACGCAAGUCCAAGAGCAUGGAUCUAGUAGCCGACGAGAUUAACCUCACCCCUCGUCCAGACACCAACACAGGUUCUUCCACAAAAGAUGUGGGACCAUCACUAGGCUUAAAGAAGUCCAGCUCUCUCGAGAGCCUCCAGACAGCAGUUGCCGAGGUAACCCUCAACGGGGACCUCCCCUUCCACCGGCCGCGCCCCCGUAUCAUCCGGGGUCGGGGCUGCAACGAGAGUUUCCGAGCAGCCAUCGACAAGUCCUACGACCGACCCGCUGCAACUGAAGAAGACGAUGAGGGCAUGGAGACAUUGGAGGAGGACACGGAGGAGAGUUCCCGAUCAGGGAGAGACUCUGUGUCCACGGUGGCCGACCACACCCCGCUUUCCGCCAACGAGAAACCCCUGGUCAAUGGCACCAAUCGCACCAAAGAGGAGAAGAAGAAAGAUAAAGACAAGGGAGGGAAGGAGAAGAAGAAGCCGGAGGGAGGGAAGGAGAAAGACAAGGGAAAAGCCAAGAAGGGCAUGCUGAAAGGACUCGGGGACAUGUUCAGGUUUGGGAAGCACCGUAAAGACGAGCGGCCGGGAGAAAAGCUGGAUCGUAAAGGCUCCAGCAAGUGGAGGGUGGAUGAGACGCAGGUUUCAGACGAGGAGAUGAUGAAGAUGAGGAUGGAGCAAGAGAGGAUCCAGGCCAAGACCAGGGAGCUGAGGGAGCGCCAGGCCAGGGAACGGGACUACGCCGAAAUCCUGGACAUAAGCCGCACACCUGAGAGGGGCUCAGAAGAGGAGCACCCGUACGCAGGCAUCAACCCCUUGAACAGCUCUUUGGACAGCGGGCACAGCCGGCCCCACAGCCCCCGGGACGAUUACCCCCACAUCCAUCCACACCACCAGCACCAGCACUCCGAUUCCCACUACACCCAAGUCAGCAAAGCCCGCAACGACCGGCCGCCUUCUGCAGACAGUAACCGGCUAGCCCCUAGCAACCACGACCGGAUACAGAGGCUGCGGCAGGAGUUCCAGCAGGCCCAGACCGUCCCAGACGACCCCGACGACCGCAGGAGGACCUACAGCUUUGAGCAGCCCUGGUCAAACGCCAGCAGCAACGGUCAGGGCGGGUACAGCCAGCCGGGUCGCCACUCGGUGUCGGUCGAGGUUCAGAUGCAGCGGCAGAGACAGGAGGAGAGAGACUCGUUCGCCCAGGCACAGCGACAGUACAGCUCUCUGCCACGGCAACCCAGAAAGAACCCCAGCUCCAUCUCCCAGGACGUGUGGGAGAAAGCAUCCCCGCCCGGCGAAGGCUUCCAGACAGCAAAGGACAACCCCAGGUACUCCAGCUACCAGGGCUCCAGGAACGGCUACCCAGGCAGCGGUGGGGGGGUCAACGCCAGAGUCCUUCUGGAGGCCCAGGAGCUCCUGAGGCAGGAGCAGAGGCGGCGAGAGCAGGAAGCCAAAGGGAAGCUAAUGCAGGAGAGCAUCGGUCACAGCAGCUACGAGGGGUACCCUAGAGCGCACCUGAAGGACCCAGCCUCCCCCAAGGGUCCGUACCGCCAUGAUGUGCCGCCUUCGCCCUCGCAGUUAGCAAGGCUUAAUAGAAUUGGGUCAGAGAAAGGAAGACUUUUUUAUUCUUGAGGAAUAUUGUUGGACUGAUGGAUAAAGAGCUGAACAGAGAACUUGUGCUUCGAAAGGGGGAUUACCUUGAAGAAACAAAAAGGUGGACGCUACAAAUCUUGACAAAGGGACAACCUAGAGGACUUAUAGCUUAGCGAUGAUCCUAGAGGUAACCAGAUGUGAAGUGUACUCAGUAUGUGGGUCUUUUUUUUCAACUCCUCGCUGUGCCGAUGACCUAUACCAGUCAGUCAGUCACCCUCCUACAGAUAUGAGACGCUCAGUGCCUUCUCUGCACUCACCAACACCAUGCUUGUUCACAGUCGUCCAGGACUCUGAUUCAUCGAGAUCUGGCACCGGCAUGUGCUGACAAUCAAAUGGGCAGACAGGCAAGUCAGUGGGCCUUCUUUAGAACCCAUGGGGAGGCGUAAGUUUUUGUGUGGGUUUGUGUGUGGGCAUGUGACAAGGUUGCAUUGAUUUCACAAUCAAGUACAUGUGUCGUGGCGUCACAAAGUGUCCACCAGUGGAUGACAAAUCACCCUUUCUUCACUUGACUAAAGUUAACAUUCAACCCUAUACCGGCACUGCUGGCGUUUCUCUGCAUUCAGUUUUCUCUACUUUCAGUGUUUUCUCCUCAGCGAUCAUGCUCUUUCACUAGAGUACUCCUCGGGGAGAAGGAAAAAACAAGGCAAAGUGUAUGAAAGAAGCAGGGCACACUGUGUGUGUUAUUAAUAAAAAAGCCCCCCCUCAUAAAUGAUUCAUAUCGUGUGUUAUCUCCACGGAGGUGACCCAGGCAGAGAGGGUAGACAGCUCUGAUCCUCUGCCUGGCUCCCCUGCACCGCUCUGGGCUUGACUCGCUGGCCCGCCUGCCUGUCUAUCUGGAGCUCUGGCUCCUCUCCUUCUCGACACCUCUCUGUUCAUUACCUUUCUUUCUUCUACCUCAACACCCCCUACCUUUAUCCUCCUCUCCGCUCCUCGCUCAUCUCCGACCUUCCUCUCAUCUCAUCUCCCCGCCCCUCCCUCCCUACUCUUCCCCCUGCUACCCGCCACCACCCUCGUCCCCAUCUCCCGAGUCAGGCUCUGCACUGAAUUUUUCAUCACAAGCCACCUGCUGCCUGCCAGAGCCAAAGAACGCUGCCACCAGAGGAACCGACAGAGGGCCCGACUUCUGACAUAAAGAGAGGAAUGAAAGCAACGACAAAAAAGAGGCAGAAUAAAGAUGGGUGGAUAGACAAUAAGCCUGCCAGUGUGAGAUUAGCUGGUGCUUUUCUCCUGUUUAACAAAAGGCAAAAUUGUCCUCAGGAGUUAAUUGCUUUUUGUAUUUUUUACCUUUUUAAGCAUUUGGCAGACACUCUUCUCCAAAAUUUACAGAAAUGUUCCUUAGAACUGCUUAUUUCCACACAAAAAAAUAGAUUGUAUUAUGUAUUGUCUGUGAAUUAUCCAGAGUAGAGCCUGGUCAGGGGUGUAGCACAAAGUUCUAGACCCCAUAGGCAUUCUCUGUGGGCUCCUCCCCAUAUCCACAGCUAUAUUUAUUCAUUUGUGGGGCCCUCCUCACAUGAGGACCGUGUAUCUAGCUUGCUAACUGCCAGUUAGUGGACUUUUUACAUCAGUAACAGCACCGUAGGUUCACACCGUUUAUUCAAAAGACGUAUUUGGACCAUCGACUCCUGUCUUAUAGCUGUGCGUCUUUAGGGAUGUAGUUGAUAAUACAACAAACGGAGACUUGUAUAAAAGCAGACGGUGCGACUAGUUAGCUAAAAUAGCUUCCUCCAUUUUGGAGAAUUUGCUUGGCAAAAGGUGAACUUUUUUCAAAUGCUGUGAGAUCACGCAUGCAAUUUAAUUUACCUCCACUGUAUUAGAGUGGAGACAGAAAUCUCCAAACCUGGACAAAUUAAACGCAGACUAUCUAUGUUCUUUCUGUAAACCGACCCUUCAAGCAAGUUAAGGUUUAAACAUAAAUGAUGCUUACUCAGUGGCUUGUGGUAGUCAUAGGUCGGAAAGAAUACCUUGGGCAUUGAUGACACAUGCAUAAAAAUCACAGCCCACCACUAUAAUUGCCGCAGUAGGUGGCAACGGCUUCUCUCAGUCUGAACCUUGCCCUCUUUGACAUCACUAAUGUUUAUGACACGACUGUCUCCGCCUACUAGUGAACAAAUGAGACCGAGCUGAGGUCGAACUUCAAACAAAAGGGAAAUACAAAAUAAUAAAAUGUGGCCAUCAUCGAGCUGGGGAAAAAAAACAUGCGCUGCGUAAUUGACCUUCACUCCUACACACCUAAUAUGUAGAGGGAAGCUGCAUGACAUACAUUAUCUCCUGUUGGUUAAUGAAGGCUCUCGCUGGGAAAGCUACAGGCUUAGUAGGGGUAAUAAAUGAUGAACGCAAAAGUAAGAAGAUGAAGAAAAGACUUUUAAUGGCAUUAUUCCAGAGUAUAACCCUGUAUUUUAACCUGAGGAAUGUUCACAAUACUACAUUGUUUUAAGCUAAAAUGUCCCGUCUGCAUUAUGUAUGUACUUUUGUGUAUGACACAAACGCACUUACGUAUGGCCCCUUGCCAGUGUGUUUUGAAAUCCACGCUAUGGGCCUGAUGAAAACUGUUAGCAAAUAAGAUACCAACUGUGCAGGUGAGGGUAAAAUAUAUCUCCACUCUGAAUGGUUUUCAGUAAAAAGUGUUUGGUUGUAGCGGCCGGGCACUUCCUGCUGUGAACGCUACGCGAAAUGCAGAGUAGCACGAUAAGAAGGAUGUAUUUGACCUGUGUUCUUAACGUUGUAGACUUUGGGUCUGAUAUCGAUAAGUGCCUGUUAUUAUAUCACAAUGUUUUACACAAAGAGGGACACGAUGUGAUUUGUUUCAAUGACACUACGGUGUGUUUUUAAAAUCUUUUAAUGUCAUGUUAAGAUGUCAUUUUUUGGGUACUCCUUCCUGAAGCUUUUUUUUUUUUUUUUUUUUAUUUACAAGAGCCAACACUUGACGAGUGGUUAUUAGUGUUUUUAUAUCCCGUUUGACAUUGCCUUCAACCAUGCUGUACUAUUAUGUGUUUUAAAGUAUAAAAAGCAAUGGAAGCUGAUGUGCAAUUGUUUUUUUGUUUGUUUUUGUUUUCCAGAAAACUUUUACAUGAUAUAUUGAGAAAUGUAUACAGACACUUUUCCUGUACAUAUCAAAUUUAGAAUAAAAUGAAUGGCUGUUCCAUCCUA